AUGUCUUCAGCUCAGGCUACGCGUCUCAAUCCAGUUUGCGUCGGGUCCAACAAUAUACUUAAUACAGACUCCGGAAAAUUCCCCAAACAGAUUGGCUGUCUCAUUGCCAAGCUGCAGGGAAUGGACCUUGAAGGCAAGCGGCAAUACCGCGAGAUGUCCGUUGAGUCAGAUGACGACCUGGCCAACACCAAGAGUAGCGACUCGGGCGACAAAACAAUUUUAUACCCAAAGAAGGAAUUAUCUCCCAAGCUUAAGGAAGAGGCAUUCAAUAUAAGAAAUUGGCAAAAAUCAACUGGCGAGCUAGUUACAUUGAUGCAAAAGACACACAAAUUCGUCCCUAUCUUUGAUAAGGGGAAUGAUAAACCAACUUUUGUAGGACGCAUUGUCCCCGCCCGCUCUCGCGGCGCUAUUCCCAGUUUCCCAUCUAGCCACGCUUGUCGCGCGUCACCUUAUGACCGCAUAUAUGCACCCAAAAUCGAUAUAAACUCCCUCUUUGAUGACUUACGUCCCUUUGUUAACCCUGUGCAACCCGAGUUUGGCAAUGAAGUAUUUAAUUAUGCUUCUAAUCUUAAGAUGCUGCUAUCUACAAUCACGCAUGAAACCUUUUUACUCGGUCCCAAAGGACAAAGUGCAAUCCCCACGACGUUUGAAGAGGCUCGCGCCAGCCCUGAUUGGCUGCUCUGGAUGCCCGCAUUUAAUAAGGAAAUCAAUACCUUUUGGGACAAAGGCGUCUGGAGCUUCGCGCAACGCCCAGGAGACAACUCUUUAGUCGUUGACUUGCGUCUCGUAUUCACAAUUAAGCAUGACAAGCAAGGGAAGCCGCAUACAUACAAGGUUCGAAUCGUCGCAAAAGGUUUUACGCAGCAGCCGGGUAAAAAUUACAAUUUUACCAACUCACCCACUCCGUCACUCGAUAUUAUUUGCACUACAAUGGCUGCCGCUGUAAAACAAAACCUCAAAAUUCAUCAAAUCGACGUUCAAUCGGCUUUUCUUAAUGCCCCGCUCGAUGAAGAAAUUUACAUGGAAAUGCCCCCCGGAUACGAACAUCCCAAUUACCCGCGUGAUAAGUUUGUAAUGCGCCUUCAUAAGGCUGUUUAUGGGCUUAAACAAUUGCCAAGAAUGUUCAAUAUAGCGUACUCAGAGCAACUUUGCUUGAUUGGCUAUGUCCCACACCCUACUGAACCUUGCGUUUUUUGUUGCGAAGAGUACUCCAACGAUCGCGAGGGGGAGUAUAACCCACAAAUCAAAUCUUACACGUAUCUUGGCAUUUACGUCGAUGAUCUUAUGGUGUGCGCGACCGCCAAAGUACUUGAAACCGUUAAAUCAGAAAUUAUGGCGAUAUUUCCAUCUCAAGACUUAGGUCAAAUACAACAUUUCAUGGGCAUGAAGGUAGAUUAUAACCAAAGCAAGCAAACUCUUAAGAUAUUGAUGCCAGACUACAUCAGACAACUGGCCAUACGAUUCGGACUUGAGAAAGCAGCCCCAAAACGCGACCCGAUAUCAGCCACGCAUGGUCUGAAACGCGGUCCCAGAGUCACCGACCCAGCCGCUCUUAGCUUCUAUGCUACGGCUAUGGGUGCCUUGCUAUGGCCCGCACUUACUGUCCGUCCCGAAAUUGCGUUUACUGUAUCGCUCUUAUCCUCUGCCAACCAUUUCUUCACCAAACCUCACUUGAACGCGAUCAAACAUCUUAUCGUAUAUCUAGCAAACUCGGCCAACAACGGCAUUACUUACAAUGGACGUCAAAAAUUUAUUGAAUAUACUUUUGCCGACGCUAACUGGGGUUCUGACUACGACGGCGAACAAAAAUCCCAAUCUGGAUAUGUUGUUAUGCUUGCAGGGGGAGCGAUCGCUUGGGCUUCAAAGCGCCAACACUCGGUUGCGCUCUCAACUAAAGAAGCCAAAUUUUAUGCAGUAUCUGAAGCUAUCGUCGCAACUCUUACGACACAACAAAACUUGCGAGGACUGGGCUACGAGCUUGAUACACCGACAAUCGUCUUUAACGACAACCAAGGUCUCAUUGCGACCUUCUCUGACCCGCUUGCUGAUCCACGUCCCAAACAUAUUGAUAUUAAAUUCAAUUUUGCUUGCAACGUUGCCAACAAUGGUAAUGUCAUUAUUAAUUACAUCAGAUCAAACGAUAAUUGGGCCAAUAUAUUCACAAAAGCACUGCCGUACCCAUUAUUCUCAACUCUCCAAUCGCAGAUUUUGAAUAAUCAUUCAGAAUCUGAUUUCAACUCCAAUAACUCCAAAUCCGGCUACGCUAUUCAAAUGCCAUCAGCAAAGAUGAUGAUCGAAGAUCACUGUUCAAAGUCCGAUCGCCGCCAAGAUUUCCAAAUCUGGCAAGAACGCGAAUACAUCGCCUACGCAAACCAAUGGAUUAAUUAG